CAAGACGAUUCGACUAAGCGCGCGUUUAAUUGACUUUACCUACGGUUGAACAGUGCGUUUACCGAUUCGUUAAACGUUUUGACAAAACGGCGUGUUUGCGUACAGUUCUCGAGUCCUUCUGUUAUGCUUCGCACGUGUAAAUUGAUCGCGUGACCACCGAAAGAGCGCCCGUCUCUCGAAUUGAGCAAGAUCAGAGUCCUGAUCGAGAAAGAUCACGGAAUUUCCACUGUCCGGUGGUGGUACGUGCAUAUUGGUGCUUGCUAACAAUCAGUGGCAGUACAAUAUUCAUACUGCCAAUUAGUGUUCGACAAAGUUGUUCGAAUUAGGAUUAGCCGAUGUUGAUGACCUCAUGACAAUCUGCACUAUUGAUAACAAUGCCUAUUGGAAAUGAACAGUCCGUUGGAUUUUGAGGAAUUUAAAUUUUCCGCACAAAAUAAGAUCUGUAAGGACGGCAGGGUGACGCUAUUACAAAAUUUUGACGAGCGUGCAGGCACUCCCAACUCGCUGGACGACAGCUUGAGCGGUCAACAAUUGCUGCUGGAUUGCGGCAUUUGUGGCCAACAAUUCCCUACGAAAAAGCAGCUGCGAGUUCAUAUAAAUACUCACUUGAGGAAACCUCGUAUUGUUCUCAAGAGAGUAACCGGUCCAAAGGCAAAGGUGUGUACGCAGAGCGACACAUAUUGGUUGGAUCCUGAAACAAAAGGUUCACUAAAAUUAACUCUGAAGAAGCAGAGCACAGCUGAAUCUCUUAAACUCACACUGAGGAAGAAGUCUUCGGAAUCAGCGGACUUCACCGUAGUACAUUCUAAUUUCAAUUUGGUCAGAAACCAUCAGCAAAAAGACGUGGCAGGUGCUAAAGAAGAUGAUCGAAGAGAUGACAAGCCAACAGAAAACUCAGUCAAUGAACCUUUUGAAAACGUGAUGGUGGACCAACAAGAUGAUUAUGAAAAUAUUAAAUUUAACACGGAUGAGCACAACAAUCCUCUGGAGGAGAAUGAAAGACCGUCCAUAGAUGUUAAUGAGGCUGAUUCUGGUGUAGGGAGUGAUAUGGCAAAUCCAUCUGAGAAAGAAGAUCAAAAUGUUGAUGACAUACAAGCUACAGAUAACUAUGACAAUUCGGAGAAAAGGCUUUCGGAAUCCGAGGAUCACGAAGAGUCGGAUGCUUUGGAAGCGACAUGUAGGGAAACUAUUGAAAAUUUGAAGAAACUUGGCGAACAGUCCAGCUCUAGAUCAACAAGUCAAUUGAUAGACAAUUCAUCUAUUGAAGAAGAAGAUGAUAGAAACAACGAUUCCAGCAUGAUACAUAAUCUUGAACAAAAUCCUUCCAUCAGCAUUAUUCCAAAGUCUUCCACGUUUCCUAACCAUGCGGCGCAACGUGCUUCAUUGUGCGACAACGAAGAUAAGAACAGAGAAUCGGUCGAACCGCAGGCACAAGAUUUCAACUGGAAUCAACUAUCCGCAGACUUGUCGAGCAAGAGCAAUGAAGAGCCUAACAAAGAAGAUGGCGAACAACAGGCGGAUACGGGCGGCGAUAGCAACAUGGAGAAUGCUGGAUCGCUCUUGCACAGCUUCCUCAUUGAACAUCAGAGACGCAAUCCAAACGAAGUGUCAUUAUCGAACAAUCUGUCGGCCGGCGAGACAGCGGAGUACGUGCCCCUGGAAAAACUGGCGGAAACCGUCAACAUGUGUCGCUACUGCAACGAGAAGUUCAAGGACAUUACACAAUUGGACGAACAUCGUAGCAAAGUCGGUCACUAUCAAUGCAAUAUCCCGGAUUGCAUCAAUCUUAACUUUUAUUCGCCGAUGGAGGUGUCGAUGCACCGAGCGCAAGUUCACGGCACUCCGCUCUCACCGAGCGUAAGCCAACUGUCGCCUCAUCAAUUGUCGAAUGCGAAUUCACCGCAUGUUAAUCAAAGUUCGCCACACGUAAAUCAGAAUUCGCCGCACUUGAGCCGAGCGUCGCCACAAUUGAACGCUGCUACGCAUUCACCUCACACUGCCGCACCAGUGGAGACAUCAACAAGUAGCUCGCAACAAAUCAGUAGAAACUCGCCGUUGACAUCGCCGCAUCAAACCAAUUCACCGACGUACAAUGCGGCGGUGGCGGCGGCGGGAGGCGCUGCGAGUCAACAAAUGCAAAUAUCACCGGUAAACUUUGAGCAACUACCACCACCUGUACAACAACUGGCCCAGCAAGUGCAGCGUAUGCCUCUUCCACAAACGCAAAUGCCCCCUAGUCUUCCUCCAGGCGCUAAUACGAUGAUACCUGGACCAAAUUACUUUGUGCAACCGCCAGGACGACCGCCGAUGUACAGAGUACCCGGUCCACAAGGUAUACACUACCCUCCGCACAUGGCGCAUUUGUACCAAUACGGACCAGGUCCCUAUCCCCAGAUACCUGCGCCUCCCCCACAAAUGCAUCCCCAAUUGCCUCAACAAGUUCCACGUGGGCGAUAUCCAUCGGCAACCGUCGUUCAAAAUAGCCGAGCACCACGAAUACCACAAACUACCGGUUCUGUUCCUCGUCAGCGCAUGAAGAGACCCAUUCAGCAAGCUAUGCAAGUUCCACCGCAAAACACUCCUGCAGCAAAGCAGAGGCGUAUGGACGUUCUAUUGCCCGAUAGAAAUGAAGAUGCGGAUUGCCAUGUGAUAGCGCAACAAAAGAGAAACGAUGGACUACCCGUUAUUCAAAAUGUUCAGGGAGCUACCACUCAACAAACCAACAGAAACGAUUCUACGAUUCAUCUCACGGAUUCAAUCACUCUAAGUGUUCGGCAACCAGGUUCCACCCCAGCUCAAGUCCAGAACACAUCGAGCACAGGGGGAAAGAAAUCCGACGCCAAGGCGGUGGCGAAUGUACUCGCGGCUCGAGGUAUAACAGUUACUCCAGCUGCAAAUAAAAAUAAAACAAGUGAACAAAACAAGCAACAGAUACCCUCACAGCAGCAGCAGAGGCCACCACCUUCACAGCCACCUUUAAAUGUUACAGCGCUCAAUCUGAAUUCUGCUAUUUCUAUCAUACCAACUAGUUCACAAAGAAAGCAGCAGGAGCAAGGGCAAUUUGCUGUUCCGCAGAACAAGCAAAACAAAUCGCCGAUUAACGAUCAGGUUGAACGACCACCGAGACCACCGACCGUCGAUCUCACACAGGACACUCCACCGCAGACCAUGCCAGUCGUUAGACGUGGUCGGCCACCUAGAACAUUGUUAACGUGUCAAGUGUGCGAUAAGAACUUUCAAAAUCAAGACAUGUUGACGCAGCACAUGGCGAGUCAUCGGACGACUAGCAAGCUACUUCAUAGGUGCAACCUCUGCCCCGCUCAAUAUCCCACGGUUCAGGCACUAACAACGCACAAGCAGACUUAUCAUAAGGAAGUCGACACCGUGGCGCAAAACGGAGGCACGGAAUUAGCUCUACCGGUUGUGGACCUAAAGUCGCCGCAUGUCCUAAAUCGCUUGGCGAACCUAGGCAUUCAAAGUUAUAUACCCUUGUCGCAAUUAAGUGCUCAAACUGGUGGUUACUUCGGUUUACCAAUCAUUACGAUAGACGGUGCGAGAAAUUCGAGUACUUGCAAUCUGGGUGCGCUUGGUGCUACCUCCAUAUUAAGUCUCGGUCCUCUUAAGCAUUUGUCGAACAGGUAACUGUGGACGAAUUUGCAUUCAGUCUAUUCUACGUGCAAUAUACCGCCCUUUGAUUACUAUUUUCUUAUUCAAAUUGAUUUGCAUAUUACUGUGUUGCCAUUGACCAUGACAUAUAUUGUCUUGAUUUCGGAAGAAAUUUUUGAAAUGUAGCUUAAGUAAAACUGUCGUAAAUGACAUUUAAUAUUUAACAUAUAUACUUGAAGUAUAUAAGGGUUUAUUUGUGAAAUUUUUUUACUUUAGUACGAGAGGAAAAGAAAGUUAGUUGACGACUGAUUAAAACUUAAAAGUUUGUUUAUAGAUUUAUUUAUAGAUAAUUUAUAGAUUUAGAGCAAUGCAGUAUUUUUCACCAGAUUUUUGUUACUAAAGUUAUAUUAAAUUUGAUGAAAUAAGAUCUAAAACUCUAUUAAUCUGAAACGCGUUAAAGCAUAAAAUAUAUAUAUGUUCAAAAGGAGUCUUGAAUGAUAGCUUAUUUUGUAUAUUUUUUUUAAAUAAAGAUAUUAAAUAGA